AUGAUGUCUAAAUAAUAAGGAGUACUUAUGGAACAAAAAGCAAAGUAGGUGAAAAUAUUCCUAAAAACAAUUCUAACUCUUGCUGCCUAGACAAAGUAUUAAUCAUUCUUAUGGAUUAAAAAGAUCGACAGUACAUGAUUUAGAUCUAAGUAAUGAGUUAACCUUUUUAUGCAUUAAGUCUAAGAAUAAUGAAAUUAUGGUAGCUCCAGAUAAAGAGUUCUUAUGAUAAUAGUUUAAGGACCAAAAGAAGAAAAAAAGGAAGAAGAAUGAACAAACAUUUAUAAUAUAUAAAAAUAUACAUGUAGUAAAUCAAUUAGAUCGCUGAUCAUUUGUAUUUAAUACAAUAAGGCAACAACUCUUAUAUACACAGACAAGUGGGAGCAUCUGAUGUACUUUUAAAUUAUAAGUUCUCUAGACUGUGGUAAUAAAAUCUGUGUUCCAUGCUUAAUUAUUUAUGGAAGAUGAUAGUGUAUGUCAUAGUGUACAUUAAAGAGAAUGCCAAGAUCUAUAGAAUGAAUGGAAAAUACUGAGCUAGCUGAAUCAUCCAAACAUAAUCAAAGCUUAAUAAUUUAUUCCAAAUCAUUAGCUUGGUCCAGCAGGAGGGAACCUUUAAUGUUGCAGUUUAUUCCUUGAAAAUGCUACUUGUGAUCUUCAUACACUUUGUAAAUCAAAUGAAACAUCACUCAAAAUUAUAAUCAAGUACUUUACUUAAAUUUCAAUCGCUGUUGAAUAUUUGCAUUCAUAAUACAUAGCACAUAAUGACAUCAAAUUAGAGAACAUGCUUGUUAUGAAUAGAAACAUUAUUAAAUUAGCUGAUUUUGGAUUCAGCUACAGACCUUCAUAUGAAGAAUUACUUUCUAAAUGGUUACCUAGAACUCUUACAUCUUAUUCAAGUCCAGAAAUUGUUAAUUUUAGAUUGAAUGUUGUUGAUGGAGAAUUUGAUGAAUUCUGUUUAUUUUCCUCAGAUGUUUAUGCAUUAACAACUGCUCUAUUUUUGGCUAUUUAUAAAAGACCUCCAAUUAUGGGAUAAUUUCCUACUGUAGAUGAUUAAUACUAUCAAUUAUUGAUUAAUCAACCUGAUUUAUUUUGGCAAUUAGAUUUCAUUUAGAAAGUGGAUUCCUAAUUAAUGAGAGAACACAUUCCUAAAUAAUUACUUGAAAACUUAAAAGAUUUAAUGGAAGGAGGUUUGGCUGAAGAAUAUAAUAGAAUUACUAUUUAAGAAUUUGUGAAUCACGAAUUUUUCAAAUACGCUAAAUAAAUUGAAGGAGAAUAAUUUUGA